AUGGGCAAGUUUGCCAAGCUUCACAAACGAUUCGCGAAAGGGGACAAGCAGAUCUCGGUCGCAAAAAAAGCAUCUGAUCGAGAAGGAGAUCCAGGGUUGGGACAAAAAACAAGCUCGUCCGCCAAAAUCGGCAAGAGGCAAGAUAAAAGGAAAAGAAUCCGAGCUCAUGUGAAAAAAGAGAGUGGGGAAGGUGAUGGAGAAAAGAAGGUUAAGAGGGAUUAUGUUGAUAUAUUUACGGGGAAAAAAUUGUACAAACCUGUAAUCGAAAAAGGAAAAACCGAAAGGCAAUAA